AUGCCAAAAACCAUUUGCUCUUUAUAUACUGCAAAAGAAAAGCUUUCAAUUGUUGUUUAUUCAAAAGAAAUAUUUUUAAGAGAUGCUGAAAAAAAAUAUGAAGUUUAUUAUUCACAAAUAUCAAAAUGGCGUAAAAAUAAAUCAAUUUUAUUAGAAGCUAAUCCCAAUAGUUGUCGUAUUAAUGGAAUUGGUAUUAGCCCACUUAUGAUUUAA